CAAAAGGCUGCGGGUUCGAGCCCCGCAUCGGGCUUAAUUUUUUUUAUGGCUUUAGCUAAGCUGAAGAGUUCUUCUUUUAUCGGUGUAAUAUUUAGAAACUAUAAGUUGAACUCUAGCUAUAAAAUGAAGCUUCACUGUAGUAGAGAUGCCGAAGUACAAGCUUUCUUUGUAGGGACGUCGAGAGAACUACAUACGAGCGAGGAUACUGAACUCUGUACAAUCAUACUCAGUCCAGACAAAUUACGGCUAGAUUACACAAGAUAAUCGCAUCAACUUUGUGUCUAGUGGACGACCGACAUCCGGGACAGAUACAAGCUCUGCUCGUUUGAGGAAUUCAUGUUAUUCGUCUCAAGUUCAUUUUGAAAUGGCAGGCGAGGUAAGAAGGAUACCUCCCACCUAGAAAAACGAGAGGUUUCCCGGCGGGCCAACUUUUGCGCCACAAUUUUAAUGAUUAUUUAAUUAAACAGAUU